UCCUCCAGUAAUUAACGCGACUCUGGGGCCUCAGUGCGCGUGCGAACAGGUGGCUCCACCCCUUUGCCCGCUUUAGCGUUUCUCAUGCUUCCCGCGCGUCUCACUCCUAGGCUGUUCUGCAGGGUCCUGUGGCGAUCCGCUCUCAUAGUAAAGCGCCAUGAACUCCCGGAGAAGCUCACGAGAGAAGAUGCGCGGACGGCUGCUCCCAGCACCCAUCGGGUCUGGGUCGUGGGCCUCCCCGUGGCCCGACAGCGACUGGGGGUUACGAAGGAAGGGCUGACAUGGAGAAGCAUUUUCUGUUCCCCGAGUACGUCCCGGAGCCGGCUCCCGCACUGAGCCUCCAAGACCAGCUGCGGAAGCUGCAGCAGCAGCAGCAGGAGGAGAAGGAGCGACAGAUGCAACAGCAGGAGGAGCAGGGACAGCAGACGUUAAGUGCACCUGGUCGUGGGGCAUCCGGACUCGACGGUGCAGCUCAGCCUCCUGAACUGUUUAGGUUUCGUGGAGGAGCUGCACAGGCAGACCGCGGACUGGAGCGGAAGGUGUGCCAGCGCUGCUGGCGGCUGAUUCAUCACCGGCGCGCCCUGCGUCUGCAGAUGAGCCGCGAGCGGUACCUGGAGCUGGUGAGGGCCGCGCUGCGGCGGGCCGAGCCCUCCCUGGUACUCUACAUGGUGGACCUCCUCGAUCUGCCGGACAACCUGCUGCCUCACCUGCCCGCGUUGGUGGGCCCCAAGCAGCUGAUCGUGCUAGGAAACAAGGUGGACCUCCUGCCCCAGGAUACUGCUGGUUACCGGCAACGGCUCCAGGAGCGACUGUGGGACGACUGUGCCCGCGCCGGGAUCCUGCCGCCCCCUGGCUACCGAGGGCCACAACACCCGAGCAGGGACCGGCCUCGGGACGCGGCGAAUAAUGUGAAUCCUUCGACCAAGUCCCGCACAGUGCUCAGGGACAUGCGGCUCAUCAGCGCCAAGACUGGCUAUGGAGUCGAAGAAUUGAUCUCCGUGCUCCAGCGCUCCUGGCGCUACCGCGGCGCCGCCUGCUUGGUUGGCGCCAACAACGCUAGCAAGACCACUCUCUGCAACACGCUCCUGGAGUCCGAUUACUGCAUCGCCAAGGGUGCUGAGGCUAUCGACAGGGCUACCGAUUCCCCUUGGCCUGUGGCCACUUUUCAACUGCCCAGCAGCCACGUCACUGGAGAAAGUUGUAUUGGAUAGUGCUGAGUGAAGAGAAGUUACAGGUAUUCUCACAACUUGGGGUGCUGCUGGCAUCUAGAGG